AUGGCUGCUCUUCGGCUAUCUCUAGGAGUAUUACUACUGGCGGCAGUAUCGGCUUUGGGCAAACCAUUCCCUUUCGAGACUGUGGAGCUAACUCAAGCUGAUGCUCGACGUUUCCCCGCGAUCGGUUUUGGCAACAGAGAGACAACACCACACCGGGCUAGCACCACUCGUCAUUGCCGUGCAUGGCCUGGGAAUCACGACUGGCCUAGCGACUUGGAGUGGAAGCAGUUGAACAGCUCCCUUGGCGGUGCCCUGCUCCGACCUUUCCCUGCAGCAUCCGCUUGUUACCAAGGAGACUAUUACAAUGAGACCACGUGCCGGUGGCUUUUGGAUCAGUCUAGGAGGACGCACUUCUGGAUCGAGGAACCGCUCUCAACUCUCACGCAAUGGCCUCAAGGAAGCACAUGCCCUUUGGUUCUGGACGCUCAAGGCACCUGUACUCGGGGGGGGUUUCCGGAAUACGUGGUCAACGCCACAACUGUGAAGCACAUCCAGGCGGCGGUCAACUUUGCCAGAAACAAAAAUGUCCGCCUAGUCAUCAAGAAUACCGGGCACGACUUUGGUGGUCGGUCCAUGGGAGCGGGAUCGUUAAGCAUCUGGGUGCACAACCUGAAGGACUUCGAAUUCAUCCCUGAAUACACCAUAGGCCCCUAUUCUGGCAUGGCAGUUCGCGUCGGGGCUGGAGUAGAGAGUUGGGAGCAUUUCAACCACAUGGCAGCAUACAACAUUUCGGUCGUUUCUCCUGGCGGAGGCACUGUCGGUUCUGUGGGAGGAUGGGUUUCCGUCGCCGGUCACGGGUCCUUGACCUCGAAGUACGGCCUAGGAGCCGAUCAAGUGUUGUCAAUCAACAUUGUGACGCCCGAUGGCAAAUUCCUGACCGUGGACCCCCACAAGAACAAGGAUCUAUGGUGGGCACUUAGGGGAGGUGGACCGAGCACCUUUGGCGUCAUCACCUCGGUCGUUCUCAAGGCUUACCCACCCAUCAGCAUGACCAGCGCCAGCCUCGCCUUUGCCGUCAACCCCUCCCUCAACAACACCACCCCACCCACAGACCCAAACGCCCUCGCGGACCUCACCUCUUUCUGGGACGGCGUGUCCCUCGCCUACCGCUACUGCACCCACGUUAUCGCCGCAGGCGGCUACUGCUUCAGCUACAUCUACCCGCAGGGCAACUCCUCUUUCCGCUUCACCUCGUCGCAGCUCAUUCCCAACAUCACCGCGCCCGCCUACCGCGCCCUCCUACAGCCCCUCUACACCGAGCUCUCCGCGCGCCACAACAUCCCCGUCGCCCUCCCCACAACCAUCACCUCCUCCCUCUACGCCGGCAACGGCCAGCGCACCGGCGCCGGCGACUUCCCCGUCAAUACUCGCUACCGCUCGCGGCUGUUCCCCGCCCACAUCUGGCGGAACGACACCGCAUGGGACGCCGUGUUCGCCGCGAUCCGCGCGGGCGUCGAGGAGGGCGGCUACGACUUCCACGGCAUCGGGUACUCGCCCACGACGGAGAUUGCCGGGUGGCCGGGCGCCGACAGCGCGGUCAACCCGGCGUGGCGCAAGACGGCGCUGCACGCCAUCUUCAUGGAGGUGGUGCCCGUGGGGCUGAGCGCGGCGCAGGCGCGCGCGGCGGAUGCGAGGGUGCAGGCGUAUGUGGCGCGGUGGCAGGCGCUGAUGCCCGGGGUGGGGGCGUAUAUGAAUGAGGGGGAUCCGGCGGAGCCCGAGUGGCAGGCGAGGUUCUAUGGCGAGAAGUAUGCGCGGUUGUUGGAGGUCAAGAGGCGGUGGGAUCCGUGGGGGGUGUUUUGGGCGAGUACUACCGUGGGGAGUGAGGAGUGGGAGGUGGUGACGGAGGAUGGGUAUCCGAUGGGGCAGAAUGGGCGGCUGUGUCGGGUUGGGAAACGGGUGUAA